AUGGCCACUCCAUUGGCAGGAAAACUGGCACUGGUGACCGGAGCCGGCUCGGGAAUAGGACGUGCAACAAGCAAACUGUUGGCCCGCGAUGGUGCGAUCGUCAUCGCGGUCGACCGGAAUGUACAGGCCGCUCAGGAAACGGUAUCAUCACUCAGCGCAACCGGUGACAAUGCCGCGUACGAAAUGGAUGUCUCGUCCGGGGAUAGCAUCGAUACCGUGCUCAAGGCAGUGGUUGAUCGUUACCAGCGUCCCCCGACGAUAGUUAUCAAUUCCGCUGGCAUUACACGCGACAACUUUCUGCUGAAGAUGCCCGAAUCCGAUUUUGAUGCGGUGAUCAAUGUGAAUCUGAAGGGUACCUGGCUGGUACUGCAACGGUUCGGCCGUGCAAUGAUCGAGCACGAGUUGGCAGGAUCGAUGGUAAACGUAUCGUCGAUCGUUGCACGCACAGGAAACAUUGGUCAAUCGAACUAUUCGCCCAGCAAAGCGGGUGUCGAGGCGAUGACGAAGGUGGUUGCUCGCGAAUUUGGUCGGUACAACAUUCGCGUCAAUGCGAUCGUGCCCGGAUUCAUCCACACACCAAUGACGGGAACAGUGCCGCAAAAGGUGAAAGAUAUGAUGAUCAUGCAGUGUGCCUUGCGUCGCUUCGGCAAUCCGGAGGAAAUUGGGGAAGUGGCAGCGUUUUUGGCAUCGGAUAAAAGCAGCUAUGUGAAUGGUACUUCUAUCGAAGUAACUGGUGGUUAA